AUGCUGGAACGCUUUCGCGAAGAUGAUGACCAGAGUUCUGGCCUCGAUUACGCCAAGCUAGACGACGAAGACCUUAUGCGUCGCGAGGAAACACACGAGAGCGUCAUGAACUACAACGACUAUGCCAGCCAGCCCCAUAUCCAACAAUUCCACGCAGAUAUGGAUCGUAGCGAAAGCGCUGAGGACUGCAGAAAAGGCGGAGAGGAGGAGGACGACGAACUUCCACGCGUCGACGCGUCUCUGAAACAAGAAUUCCACAGAAGAACUCUCACGGUCUUACAAGCCCGCCUUGGCAGGGGCACAUCUGUCAAAGCUAUGGGCAAGGUAGACAUCAUCGAACUUUCUCGUAGCACUCAACGGGCUGGGAUUACUGCUUCCGCGCCAGCACUGGCAGUAUCCGCUCCUCUGAGAAUCAACUUUGGUCCACUACGUCGGCCCUGGGUCUACUCUCCUUUCACGAUGGCACGAUUUACCUGCCGCGUCGAGAUGGCUCUGGAAACCAUCACCCACCCAGGACGCCAAACCCAGAAACCCUGCGAGGGCGAGUAUGACCUCAAGACAUGGGCCUCAGGUCCUUUUGGCGAUCCAGUAGAAGAUAUUUUGGACCAGAUUAUCGACAUGUACGACGACUAG